AUGGACAAUAAAGACAGUCAAGAAGCAGAUUCGCUACUGCAUCAAGACCAACAAGCACCUACAUCUCUUUUUUCCAACUUUGUAAGUGUUAUUUCUGGUGCUCGACAGACAGCCAGUCAAGAAUUUACACGCUUCUGGGAAACACUCAACACGUCUAAAACACCCAACAGACAAGCGCCUUUAUUCAUGGCAUCCAGUAAAGAUUCACAUAAAGACACAAGUGAAAAUAUUUACAAUAGCAUUAUACCUGAUUAUAAUCGACGCAGUUGCAUUAAAGAUGCCGAGAUCCAAACAGAUUUUGUAUCUGAAAAACGAAAGUAUACAAGUGAAGUAGAAGCAGAAUCUCGCCCUCAGAAACUAGCGAAACGAAACACUUCUCCUCCACAAACACUACAUCAGUCUAUCACUUUCUCUAGAAAACGACAAGAUUUUGAUAAAGAACAGGAAUCACCGAGAAAGAUAUUCAAAAGCACACCUUCUUCACCUAUUAAACAUGAUGUUAUCAAGGGCUCAAAAUCUGUCAAAAGACUUACUCUUGAACUUGAAGAAGCACUUUCACCUCGUUUCCCAGCCUAUUCUCCUUCAGAAUCCCCUCGAUCUAAAUCAGAAAUCACCAAGCCAUCAUCACCACCAAGCCAAGAAGCCUCUUAUCAAUUAGGGUCUGCACUUUCAGAUGUGGUCAGCAAUAGUCCCAAUGAAGACGAAGAUGUGCGUCUCAACAAGCUUACAGAGACAAUUCGACUGACAAGAACAAGAGUUUCUGAAUUGAUGGCUUCUUCUUCUUCACCACCAAGACCUUCUCAUACCCUCACCUCGAUAAGCCAAGAUAAUAAACUAUCUUUUUCUCCGCCUCCACCCCUCCUCCUAUCCCAUCAUUACCAUCACCUGUGGACCCUUACACCCUUAAGGCAUCAUGGAUCGCCUAUAAGGCCUAAUGACAAGCAUAAAUCAAAAAUGCGUGAAUUAAUUCAAUUGAUACCAAAUGUACGACUUAGAAAGACAGACACUAUUAUUGGACCUGAUGGAAGAGAAAAACCAAAUCCAUUUUGGAAUGAAAUCUACAACCCUAAAAGACGUGUUUUUUAA